CCGCUACUGCGUGUAAAAACUCAGCAUGUCGACAGGAGUCUCAUACAACGACCAAGGAGGAGCGGAGGCUGCGGUGGAAGCGGGUCAAGAGAGCACCCCGACCUCCUCGAGCACCGGAGCUGCCUUCGGACUGUUCAGCGCCGACUUUAAAAAGAAUGAAGACCUUAAAGAGAUGUUGGAGAGCAACAAGGAGUCGCUCAAACUGGAGGCCAUGAAGAGAAUUGUUGGGCUCAUUGCCAAGGGCAAAAGUGCCUCUGAGUUGUUUCCUGCUGUGGUGAAGAAUGUUGCGAGUAAAAAUAUUGAGCUCAAGAAGCUUGUGUACGUGUAUCUGGUGAGGUAUGCAGAGAAGCAGCAGGACUUGGCAUUGCUGUCUAUUAGCACAUUCCAGCGGGCCCUUAAGGACCCAAACCAGUUCAUCCGAGCUAGUGCUCUGAGGGUUUUGUCCAGUAUCCGUGUCCCCAUUAUUGUCCCCAUUAUGAUGCUGGCCAUCAAGGAGGCUGCAGCUGACCUGUCCCCAUAUGUGAGGAAGACUUCAGCACAUGCGAUCCAAAAGCUGUACAGCCUGGACCCAGAUCAGAAGGAGCAGCUGAUCGAAGUGAUCGAGAAACUAUUGAAAGACAAAAGCACGCUGGUGGCUGGGAGUGUGGUCAUGGCUUUUGAGGAGGUGUGCCCAGAUCGCAUCGAUCUGAUCCACAAGAACUACAGAAAACUGUGUAAUCUGCUGGUGGAUGUGGAGGAGUGGGGCCAGGUGGUCAUCAUCUCUAUGCUGACCCGCUAUGCCAGGACACAGUUCACCAGUCCCUGGACAGAGGGUGCUGAGUUUGAUGAGAAUAAAGCCUUCUAUGACUCUGACUCCGAGGAGAAAAAAGACCAGACAGAAGCAAAGCCUUACAUCAUGGAUCCAGAUCACAGGCUGCUGCUCAGGAACACCAAACCUCUACUGCAGAGCAGGAACACCGCUGUAGUGAUGGCUGUUGCUCAGCUUUACUGGCAUCUGGCUCCUAAACACGAAGUCAGUAUUGUCACCAAGUCACUGGUUCGACUCCUGAGAAGCCACAGAGAAGUGCAGUACAUUGUGCUUCAGAACAUCGCCACGAUGUCUAUACAGAGAAAGGGGAUGUUUGAGCCCUUCAUUAAGAGUUUCUAUGUGAGAUCGACAGAUGCCACGCACAUCAAAACACUAAAGUUGGAGAUCCUGACCAAUCUAGCUAAUGAAGCUAACAUCUCCACAAUUCUGAGAGAAUUCCAGACCUACGUGAAGAGUCAGGACAAGGCGUUCGCAGCAGCUACCAUCCAGGCCAUCGGCAGGUGCGCUACCAACAUCUCUGAGGUGACGGACACAUGCCUCAACGGUCUGGUGUUGCUGCUUUCUAAUAGAGACGAGACCGUGGUGGCCGAGAGCAUCGUGGUCAUCAAGAAGCUGCUUCAGACUCAACCCACUCAGCACGGUGACAUCAUCAAACACAUGGCCAAGCUCUUCGAUAGCGUCACUGUUCCCAUGGCCCGAGCCAGCAUCCUGUGGCUGAUGGGAGAGUACUGCGAGAAGGUGCCAAAGAUUGCGCCCGAUGUACUGCGCAAGAUGGCAAAGACGUUCACAGCAGAGGAGGACAUCGUCAAGCUGCAGACUGUCAAUCUAGCUGCAAAGCUCUACCUGACCAACUCUAAGCAGACCAAGCUGCUGACCCAGUACAUCCUGAACCUCGGCAAAUACGACCAGAACUACGACAUCAGAGACCGAACACGAUUCAUACGGCAGCUGAUAGUGCCCAACGAGAAGAGCGGUGCGCUCAGCAAGUACGCUCGACGCAUCUUACUGGCCCCCAAACCGGCUCCAGUGCUCGAGUCUGCCUUCAAAGAUCGAGACCGUUACCAGCUCGGCACUCUCUCCCACAGUCUUAACCUUAAAGCCACUGGGUACCAGGAGCUCCCAGACUGGCCUGCUGUUGCUCCCGACCACUCUGUGAGAAACGUGGAGAUUGUUGAACCACUGAGAGAGUCGGCACCAAUAGUUGGGAAGACCAAACAGCCUAAAUCUGAUGACAAGUUCUACUCAGAUGAUGAAGACGAGAAAGAGGAGGAAGAAUCCGACAGCAGCGGCAGUGGAAGUGAAGACAGCAGCAGCAGUGAAGAAUCGGGCAGUGAGAGCGAGGAGGAAAGCAGUGAGGAUUCAGAGAAGACCUCCAGUGAUUCUGGAAAAAGCUCCAGUGGAUCUGAAAAGAGCUCCAGUGAGUCUGAAUCAGAUCAAAAAAAGAAGAAAAAGACCAAGAAAGCACCGCAGAAGAAAAGCAAGCCUGCUGGUGACAGUGACUCUGAUGAAAAUGGCAAUGGACCUGUAGGCCAAGCUAGCAGCUCAUCCUCUGAAAGCUCCUCAGACUCUGAGUCGGACUCUGAGUCGGACUCUGGGUCAGACUCGCCCGCACCCAAGAAGAAGACUGAAGAAAAGGCCAAACCCAAGGUGGCAGUGAACUCCAAGAAGGAAGUCUCUUUACUGGAUCUAGAUGACUUUUCUCCUGCACCCACCAACGCACCAAAGCCUUCUGUGCUCUCUCAAAGUCUGCUGUCCGACCUCGAAGGCCUUUCUCUCUCCAACAUCACCUCCACUGUGCAGUACAGCAGAGCAGCAUAUGAGAUGGUGAAAUGAGCCUCACUCCCUUGU